AUGAUUCAGACGACGAUUCAGACGACGACGAGAGCGACCUCCUCGGUGGUGUUAAAACCGCGGCGAGUGUUGUCGUCGUUUCCGUCGUCGUCUUUGCCCCGUUCUCUGUGUUCGAGAACGACCAAAAACGGAAACGGAUGCCUUUCGCUUCGUUUUUCCCCGAACAACAAAAGAAGAGCUUUAGUGUCCUCGGCGAUAUCGUCGUCGUCUGAAUCGUCCGAGGGAAGAGAAGAGGACGAAGACAGAAAGUACGAUUUCAUCCAAGAAAUCUCGGACGAGAAUUUACUCACCACGAGCUUAAACCGAGCGAUUACGGACGAGGAUUACGAGUUAGCUGCGAAACUCUCCAAGCGGUUACAAGUGGUGCAAAACUUGAACGGAGGACGGGACGCGAGGGAGAUUUUGUUAGACUGGAGGAUGUUAGGAGUCGCGGAGUGGAUGGCGGCGAGAGCAGAGGCGCUAGGGUUUCGGUUUCCAACUGGGAUUCAGAGGAAAGCGACGUCGGCGUUUUUAGAUGGCGAUCGAUUGAUUGUUAUGAGCGCGCAAACCGGGACCGGGAAGACGUUGGCGUAUUUGGUUCCGACGAUGGAUCAGAUGGAUUUUGUCGGGAGGAAGAUGUUGCAGAUUUUAGUGGUGGUGCCGACGAGAGAGUUAGUGGUGCAGACGACGAUGCUGGCGUAUAAAUUAACCGGUGGAUCGAUUUCGAGAGGCGUGCCUGGAGAUCGAGGGAACAUGUUCAACUAUUCCGGGCCGCAAGGGUUGAUCGUGAAAGGCGUGUUCGAGCAAAGGCACGUGUUAGAUCCCGAUCCGGAGUUAUCGACGGCCGAGAUUGUGAUUGGGACGCCCGAGGAGUUGGCGGAGUUGAAGAGGCAAGGUGUUGUCGAGGUGGAUUUGGCGUCGCAUAUUAUUUGCGACGAAGCGGAUGCGUUGUUCGAGAACCAUAAAGAAGCGAUGAGAGAGUUGUUGAAGCCGAGUCCGUUCGUGCCGGUGAUGGAAACGAGACAGAUUUGCUUAGUUGGGGUGAGCAUUGCGAACGAUUCGUUUUUGAAGGACGUGCAAGAAGUGGUGCCGUUUUACGAACCUACGAUUAUUCAAACGCAAGCGAUUGAUUACGAAGGACAAGGGUUGGAGGAGAGGAAAAAAGACAUCGAGAAGGACGUGGAGGAGGUGUUGGAAGGACUCGCAAAGUUGGGAGGAAGAGGAGAAGAAGGAGGAUCGACCUCACUGGGAGAAGCCGCGACAAGGAGUAGUAAUAACAAUGUUGGUAGCAAAAAUAAUAGCGUGGGUGGGAAUAAACGACUUCCUCCAAACAUUCGCCACCGCGUGUUGUACUCGGAACCCGGGAGAAAAUUGGUCACUUUGUGCCGGCAAAUUCGCGCCGACGCGAUUGCAGCCGGGGAGGACAAACCGCCACCGCGGACGCUCGUAUUCGUAAAAGAUACUCCAGCGGCGGAAAUUGUCGCCGGUCCUCUGCGUAAAGCGUUAUGGGGUGCACACACGCUCGUCACGCUCCUCCCAGAAGGUCGAGAAGCGCUCAGAGUUGUGGAAGAUUUCGAUAAAGGUAAAGCGUCGAUUAUGGUGUGCACGGCGCAGGUCAGUCGCGGUUUAGAUCUCAGAAAUGUCGCACACGUGUAUUCGCUGGACGUACCAAACGCAAAAGAGUAUGUUCAUCGCGCGGGGAGAUGCGGCCGGGUCGGUGCCGUCGAUCCAGGCGUCGUCACGUCUAUCGUUUCCGACGAGGAAAAAGAAAGCUACGAAAAUGUCGUCGACGAGUUGCAAAUCAAAAGCGAAGAGAUUGAAACGAUCGAAGUGGAGAAAAUGGGUCGAGGUACAGACGACGAGGAGGAGGCGUUGUCACAGUUACAAAGACUACUGGACGAUAACUUUUAUCUCCUGGAUACGAAACAGCUGAACAUUGCUUCUUUGGAAAAAGCGCUCGCUAUUGAACCCGAAGUGCUCGAUUAUGACAACGAAGACGAAGAGGAUUAA